AAAAUGGCCGCUUCCAGGAGCCUGAGCGCUGGUGCUGCUCUUUCUAAAGCGGAUUAUUUAAAACGUUAUUUAUCCAACGAUGAAGAUGGAAAGAAAUCCAAGGAAAACAAAGUCAGGAAAAAGCGGCACAAAACUACCGGUAGAGGGAUGAAGAUUGUUGAUGAUGAUAUUGAUUGGAGGGAACUGGCUGUAGACAAAGAAGAAAAGAACAAGGAGGAAGAUGAUGAUGAUGAAGAGGCACCUGUAAUUGCAGACAUAAUUGACGAGCGUCCGGACGAAGUCAAGCAACUAGAAGCUUUCAGGACCAGUAACAAGUGGAAGGUCCUGGGAGUUACAAAUGAGGAUUCCCAAGACUCUCCAAACUCGCAUACAGCAGCAAGUUCAGAUGGUGAGAGAAAGUCUCGACAUGAUUCCCCUGAGCUCUCACCCAAGAAGUCUCGCCACGAUUCCCCUGAUGUCUCACCUAAAGGGAAGUCUCGCCACGAUUCCCCUGAUGUCUCACCUAAAGGGAAGUCUCGCCACGAUUCCCCUGAUGUCUCACCUAAAAGAACAGGUCGCCACGAUUCCCCUGAUGUCUCACCUAAAGGGAAGUCUCGUCAUGAUUCCCCUGAUCUCUCACCUAAGAGAAGAGGUCGUCAUGAUUCUCCAGACGUUUCACCCCCCAGACACAAAGCAGACACCAAACACAGACGACAUGACUCAUCACCUCCUCCUUCACAAAAAAAUGCAAGCUCGUCCACUAAGACGCAAAGACAUCAUCGUAAAGAUUCACCACAGAGAGAACGCACAGCAGACUCAGACCUGUCGCCACCUCGAAGACGCCCUAACAACAAGCAGGGCUCCGACUCCGAUCUUUCUCCCCCCAGGAAAAGAAAGCAGGGUGGCAGAGGCUCUGAUUCUGACCUGUCACCACCCAGGAGGAGAGCACAGGAUAAGAAUAGAUCAGACUCCGAUCUCUCGCCACCUCGACGGGCGCGGUCUCCUGCUGCACCUCAGGGACCACGGAUGUUAUCUGGUGGAGCUGCUGGUUUGGUGUCUUCUGAAGUCCUGAGAAAAGAACAGGAGGACAUACGGCGAAGAGAAAAAUACAAUCGGCCACUAGAAGAGCAGUCUCGUAAUGCAGAGACUAUUUUCAGAGAUAAGUCAGGAAAGAAACGAGACUUGGAUUCGGAGCGUGUGGAGCAGAGCAAGAAAGCGGGCGAGAAGGCUGCAAAGGAUGAAAAAUACGCUCAGUGGGGCAAAGGGGUGGCACAGAGUCAGAUGCAGGAGCAGAACGUAGCUGACGCCUUCAAAGAGGCUCAGAAGCCGCUGGCACGUCACAUAGACGACGAAGAACUCGACCAGAUGCUGAGGGAGCAGGAGAGGGAGGGAGAUCCCAUGGCUGCUCUGCUGCGCAAGAAAAAAGAGAAGAACGCAAAAACCAGAGAGGGCAAUGAGAGGCCUCGUUACAGAGGUCCAGCUCCACCCCCAAAUCGUUUCAGCGUCAUGCCAGGCUAUCGCUGGGACGGAGUGGACAGGUCGAACGGGUUUGAGCAGAAAUACUUCAGCAGGAUGGCGAACAAGAAAGCCGUGCAGGAGGAAGCGUAUAAGUGGAGUGUGGAGGACAUGUAGACUCUCAUCAGGACCUUAUCAGAGCCGUGUGUGUUUAGUGUAUCACUGUUUCACCAGCACACGACCCCACUGUAUUAGACACAGCACACGUCUGAAUAGACUGUUAAAUGACGUGACCUUUGUGUUUGACCAAACAACACGGGAAAUGUGAUUAUUUUUAGUGGUUGUAUAUGAGUAAAUGAUUUACACUGUCAGAGUUAUUAAAUGUGUUUUUUUUUAA